UUUGAUGUUUUAGUUGGAGCACACAUUCAUGGAAUCAGGGCAAGAGGUCGGGAUUGCUCAGGUCGGAUUUCUCAAGCGACCCGGCUCUCUCGCGAAUUGCAUGGACCUUGGUGUUAUCCGAGAUCCUGCUUGAUUCUGCCCGCCCUCAGCAGUGAUUCGGGAGAGCCUCAUUCGCCCGAUUGGCGACCACAUCCCAUCGCUGGCCAGCAAAGCCUCGCUUUCCACUCCUCUCGUCUGCACCGAGACUUCAUCGAGGCUACUGCACCCAUCAUGGCCAUCGACAAUGAUACAAAUGAUAGCUCGCUCACGCUACAGAAGCUGGCCCAAACCAUCGGACGCGGCUCCAUGGUGCUGAAUCGCAUGCAGAGCGGAUAUCAGCUCGAACUCCCGGACCUCACCGGCAACUUCAUCACCGACUACAAUGAGGCGUGCAAGAAGCUCGUGCUGAAUCCAAUGAAGAUUCAAAAGAUCGGCCACCCGCUUCCGCCGCUGCCCACUCCGGUUGCCCCGCUUCACGUCGCAAAGUCGAGCCAGAUCCUCGCCAGCGGCAUUGAUAUGAACGCAUCCCAGCCUCUGGACGAGAAUGCGCUCGCGACAGUCCCCAGCGAGGGGCAUCUGGCUGAUGAGACCGCGCCCGGACAUGAGACGUCGACGGCGAACCUUCGGCAAGACCUCACCGAAAGCACCGCACAGAUCGGCAGCAGCCACUUGGUGCUGCCCUCCAAGCCCACUGGACCAGUGCCAGUCAAGUACAACUCUCGGUACCGCUUCACGCCCACGAUUGAUGUCGAGCUCAGCGACAACGAGGACGAGGAAGAGAUCUACAAGCUCGAGGUUCGUGGAUGGAGGCUCGAUGUCCGGCAAGUGGACGUCAUAGCCUGCAUCAUGCAUACGUGCACGACCAUAACGCAUCUGACACUUUGGAACAACGGUCUCGACGAAGCCCAUUUCGCGUCGAUUGUCGCCGCGGUGCAUCAAGGAAGCAUCCGACACCUGGUUAUCGAUCAGAAUCCAGCGAUUCCAGAGCAGCUCUACGCAUUUCUCGUCAUAGACGACUCGGCACUCAAGACGCUGUGCUUGCGAGGCAACCGAAUCGGCGACCCCGGAGCCAAGUCGCUCGCGUCGGUGCUCAAGUCAAACAGAACACUACAAGCGUUGAAUCUGUGGGACAACCGAAUUGGAAAGGAGGGCGCCGGAGAGCUGGCCGAGGUACUCAAGUUCAACUCGACGCUGAUGUCCCUCUCGCUGGGGCACAAUAACAUCGGGGACGAAGGGGCGGCGGCGUUCGCCAAGGUUCUCUCAAACUACCCGCUGCACAAUGACGAGAUCAUGUCAAGGAAGAAGGCGCUAGCUGAAAUCGACAAGCAGCGCAAGGAACAGGAGGAAGAUCAAGCAUCGAAAAAAACAAAGGGCAGACUGGCGACGAGCCACGCGGGCCGAGUGAGCUCGGCAAACCAGACCAAAAAAGCCGACGAGCCAGCCCCUCCCAAAGGAGGCCCGCAAGACAAGAAUGCCAAAAAGGGAGCAGCUCCGGCCCCGGCGAAAGCAGCUGGCAAGAAGGGAGCCGAGACCAGCAAGAAAGAAGAGCCCAAGAGUGUUGCCGGGAACGCCGGGGCCGGAAAGGGCGGAAAGGGAGGCGAGAAAGCGGCGGUAGUGGCGGCAGACGAAAAAUCCAAGGGCAAAGACGCAAAGAAAACAGCGGCAGCGGCAGCCGCACCGGUCGCAAAAGGAGGCAAGAAGGGCAAGGCCGAGGAAAUCAAGGAAGACGUCGAAGAAACCGGAGACUCGGGUAACAUCGAGCCCAUGUUCGAGGUGAACGGACAGUGGUUCAUUCUCGGGAAUCGCACGCUCAACAACCUGAACCUGUCGCGCAACAGCAUCACGGCUGCUGGGCUCAAGGCGAUCCUCGAUGCCGUCGUGGAGCAAGAGUCGACGGCGGAAAACAUGACCGAGGGGAUCAUCGGGGUGUUCCGCGUCAGUCUGCAGGACAAUGUGUUCGAGGCGAGUCACCCGCAGUUCCUGCAGUUGCAGACCUGUCUGAAACAGCGCAACCCGUUCUAUGAACACACCGAGAGCGACAACCCGCCCGCAGAUCCCAAUGUGAUCCUCGAGGUCGCCGAGCACACCGCCAGCGACAGCCACAGCCAGGACGGAUAGGUCGCGAAAUGAAUUUCAUUUGGCCGCACGCCGGCUGCAUCCGCACUCGAGCCUGGCUUCCUUUUUUUGCGUUUUCGGGCGCCGCUGCCAAUGCGCGCCGCAACAGGCCCGCUGCAGCGUUCCGGCUCU